GUCAUGACGUGAAUAGAAAUCACAUAAGUCACUUUGAGCAACGGGAAACGGAGUCAUGGCUGUUUUGCUGAGGAAAGUGAGGCGCACCAACGCAGCAGCUGCGUCUGUUCUGGAGCGUGCAGAUUUCUGCACAGAUUCUGAGAUCCGGUCUCUGACUCGAGAAGACCUGCAUGAACUGUUCCCUGGACCAGAGAAGCUGAAGCUGAGGAGGACCAUUCUCCGAAUUAUAAAGAAACAUAAACCAAUAAAUGUGCUGCUGAAGGAACUCAGAGGUUGUAUUCCAGAGUAUUCUCUCAGGGAUUCUCUAUCAGGCAGUGGGGUCUUGGUUGACUACCUCCAUACCCUGAAGGAAAUGAAAGCUCAGCUGAACAAUAUGCAUAGUUUCAUUGAAGCACACAUUGAAUUACUGGAGGACAUGAGUAAAGCUCGGCCGCACCAGCAACAGGACCCAGAUCUUUUAUCCAACCCUGACACAAAGUCUCCCAGUCCUCCAAUAGGGCCUCACAUUAUACCAGCAAAUGGACAUUCAUAUGGAGCUCAAGUGAUGUACCAGAUGGUUGUCAGUGGUAAAACUUUUGAUGCCCAUCUUCAGCUGAUGGCCAAGGUCCAAGCUCAGAUGCAGGAGCGGGUUCAGCUCAUUUCAUGCAGUCAGGAGGGCCAGGUCCUCAUAGUAUUCUGCCCUAUCACUUCACGUGCCGGGGCAGAUGUUGAUGGAGCCAUGACUAAUAUAACAGGACAUGAACCUGUUAUUCUGGUCUUGAUGCACCACACACUUGACUUCAAGCACAUGGCAACGAGGAGGACAUGGUCGGAUGACUUAAAUAUCGUGCUGCACGUCAAUAUUUUCUACCAUGAGACAGCGCAUGGAUUGCUGAGGUGUCAAGAAAACUACAAGGCUGUGAUUCAGAUACAGAACAAACUAUUGGAAUACUGUACUCCAGGAAGUAAAUGGGCUGUGACUGGUGAAUAUAAUAACCCUGGCAUUGACAGCUGCUCCCGUUUGGACAGUGGGGGCAGUGAGUUUGGAUUUAGGCUGUUUGGCAGCAGCAGCAGUAGCAGCAGCAGUAGUAGCAACUGUGAUACUAAGAGUAUCUGGGGGCCUGCAGAUUAGAUGUUUAUUUAUAUUUCUUUUUUGUUUUUGUUUUCAGGGAUGUCGGCUUAUAAAUAUAUUAAAGGUAUAUUUCUACAAUAUUAUAUUUUGUUUUUUUUUAGAUGUGAUUAUUUGCAUUUGGUUUCUAUAUUUGUCCUUUUAUAUAUUUACCGGAAAAUAAAG